AUGGAAUUUGAUACAGGGGCAGCCAUAUUGGUUAUGAACUAUGACACUUUUAUUGCAAAUUGGCCAAAUGCUAAAAUAACUUCUACAAAAAUAAUGCUAAAAACUUACAACAAUACGACAUUUCCAGCUUAUGGGAAAUCUACAGUGGAAGUUGUUUACAAUGGGCGAAAGGUUAUGUGUGAUCUUUACAUCGUAAAAGAGCCAUUUGAUACACUUUUGGGACGAGAAUGGGUAAAGGCACUUAAUAUAUUACAAAUUAAUGCAGUUAAUGUUUUUACAGAUGCCGAUAUACAUCGUUUGAAGCACCAAAUCUUUGAGAACCAUAGAGAUGUUUUUCAACCGAAAAUCGGAACGAUUCCCAAUGUAAAAGGGAUUCUCAAACUACGAGAAGGAGCUUCGCCUAUUUUCAUAAAACCAAGACAGGCUCCUUAUGCUAUUCGACCUCUUAUAGAAGAUGAAAUUAUUCGAUUAGAAGAAGAUGGUAUCCUCGAAAAGGUCGAACAUUCAGAUUGGGGAACACCUAUAGUGCCAGUGAUCAAAUCAGACAAAUCAAUACGUCUUUGUGCUGAUUUUAAGGUGACCUUGAACAAACUGAUUGUGAACGAUAAAUACCCAAUUCCCAAAAUCGAUGAAUUGUAUCAAAAAAUAAAAUACGGCGAAUACUACUGCACUUUUGAUAUUUAUAAAGCCUACUUACACCUUAGAAUGUCAGAGGAGAGCGCACUUUUGCAAACUGUGAGUACAACAAAAGGUCUCUACAAAGUGAAUAAACUCAUGUUUGGAGUUAAGACUGCACUUAACAUAUGGCAACGCUUUAUGGAUGAGCACAUCAUUGACAAUCUGGAGGGAACAAUGGGACGAAAUGUAGAUGAGACCCUCCAAAGAUGCAAUCUCCUCCUUGACAAGCUGCGAAAAUUCAACCUUCACUUAAAUAAAUCUAAAUGUAAAAUGUUUGAGAGAAGUGUAAUCUAUUUGGGACAUAAAAUUGACAAGAACGGCCUACACAAGACACCUGAUAAAAUAUACGCUAUAUCUGAGAUGAAACCACCUACAGAAAUAACCCAGCUUCGCCAAUUCCUGGGUAUGAUUAAUUACUACCACAAGUUUAUACCUGACUUGUCAACAAAAUUACACCCAUUGUACAAACUCUUACGAAAAGAACAAAAAUUUGUAUUACAAACUGGAGGUUCUCUCAAGAAUUCACCAUACAGCGCUAUGGAAAGUGAGCUUAUGUUGCAGGAUGGUUGCAUUUAUAGGGGAAUACGAGUCCUUAUACCGACAACACUUCGUCUGGAAGUCCUAAAAGAAUUACAUACUGCACAUAUUGGUAUAACGAAGAUGAAGGCACUGGCAAGGAGUUACUGUUAUUGGACGGGAAUCGAUCGCGAUAUUGAGGAACUAGUAAAGAGCUGUCGUGAUUGUGCAAAGGUACUUACAGAGCCAAGCAAAGUUAAAAUUCAUCCAUGGGAAGUUCCUGCUCAACCUUGGCAGCGCCUGCAUAUCGACUUUGCGGGACCAUUCAUGGAGCAUUUCUUUUUGGUGAUCGUUGAUGCAAAAACGAAAUGGUUGGAGGUAUUCCCAAUGAAGAGCAUUACAAGCUUUUUCACAAUUCGCGCACUUAGAGAAACUUUCUCAAGAUUCAGGAUUCCGAAUACACUUGUGUCAGAUAACGGCACAAACUUCACUUCAAAAGAAUUUCGUGAUUUUUUGAAAUCAAAUGCAAUUAAUCAUACACUUUCUUCACCAGCGCACCCCGCGACAAACGGACAAGCGGAACGUUUUGUACGGAUCCUUAAAGAUGGACUUCGAUCGUCAGUAAAUGACCCGGGAGAUUUACACACGAGGCUACACCGAUUACUUAUGCAGUACCGAAAGACUCCAUCUACAACAACGGGAAAGAGCCCAGCCGAAUUAAUGCUUAAAUUUAGUUUUCGAACAAGACUUGAUUUGUUGAAAUAUUCAAACGCGGGGGAGAAUGAAAGAAACCACGAAUGCAAGCGAAGUUUUGAUGUUGGGGAACUUGUUCAAGUCCGCUACUAUCAAAACAAGGAAAUUAAAUGGAAGUUCGGCAAAGUUACACAACGCGAAGGGCUUUUGCACUAUUUAGUCGAUGUUGAUGGAAUUUCUUAUAGGAGGCACAUUGAUCAGAUGCGGUCUACACUCGUCGAAGGUAAUUUGUUUAAUAAACCUUUACCCGUUCGUUUAGAGAAGCAACCAGCAAAGUCGACGAUUAAAGAAGAUCCAGUUAGAGACAACGGAUUAGUGAAUGAAAGCUCAUCAAUAAAAUCAACUAUCAAUGAAGAAGAAAUGAAAAACACCGUUGAAAGGGGAAGGGAUGUGGAUGAACCUAUUCCUUCCAACAACAGAGAUGAGGAGAGACAAGAAACACCCACGGAGCUGAGAAGAUCAACAUGA